GUUCAUUUUCAUUUUAUGCUUCCUCCAUUUCUUCCUCUUCCUCUUCUCGUUUCAUUAGGCUGCUUUUCAUCCAAAGCGGAGGACAGAUUAUUUCGGAGGUUGUUCCGGAGGUACAACCAGUUCAUCCGACCAGUGGAGAAUGUAUCUGAUCCAGUCACAGUGGAGUUUGAGGUCUCCAUAUCCCAACUGGUCAAAGUGGAUGAGGUGAAUCAGAUUAUGGAAACCAAUCUAUGGCUGCGGCAUGUUUGGAACGAUUAUAAACUGAGAUGGGUCCCUGUUGAAUACGAUGGAAUUGAGUUCAUAAGAGUUCCUUCCAAUAAAAUUUGGAGGCCAGACAUUGUUUUGUAUAACAAUGCUGUAGGUUAUUUCCUUGUGGAAGAUAAAACCAAGGCUCUGCUGAAGUUUGAUGGCACCAUCACCUGGAUCCCUCCGGCUAUUUUCAAAUCCUCUUGCCCCAUGGACAUCACCUACUUCCCCUUUGACUACCAGAACUGCUCCAUGAAGUUUGGCUCCUGGACCUACGACAAGGCCAAGAUUGACCUGGUGCUCAUUGGCUCAAAGGUGAACCUGAAAGACUUCUGGGAAAGUGGAGAGUGGGAGAUCAUCGAUGCACCUGGAUACAAGCAUGACAUCAAGUAUAACUGCUGCGAGGAGAUCUACCCGGACAUCACCUACUCCUUCUACAUCCGUCGCCUGCCGCUCUUCUAUACCAUCAACCUCAUCAUACCUUGCCUCCUCAUCUCCUUCCUCACAGUGCUGGUCUUCUACCUCCCGUCUGACUGUGGCGAGAAGGUCACUCUGUGUAUAUCCGUCCUCCUCUCCCUCACUGUGUUCCUGCUGGUCAUCACCGAGACCAUCCCUUCAACGUCACUCGUCAUCCCUCUGAUCGGCGAGUACCUCCUCUUCACCAUGAUUUUUGUCACGCUCAGCAUCGUCAUCACUGUCUUUGUGCUGAACGUCCACUACCGCACCCCAAUGACUCACACGAUGCCGGAAUGGGUGAGGGCUGUGUUCCUUGGGGUGCUACCAAGGGUGAUGCUGAUGAGGCGUCCAAUUGACCAGGGCUGCUCCGCACCUGCUAGUAUUACAGCAGGGACGGGAGGAGGAGGAGGAGGAGGAGGAGGAGGGAGCAGCAGAGGAAAAAAGAAGAGAAAGAACAGCAUAGGAGAAGGAAGUUGCUCUGGAGGUGUAAGUGUUGGAGGUAUAACUGGGGGUGUAGCCUGUCCAACACUGGAUGGUGGCGCGGGGGGAGGAGGGGCCUCCUCAGCUGGUGGCUCCAUGAACUGUGUGGAGUAUGGCGACAUGAACCGUGACAUGAACCGGGAUAUGAACAGGAGGUGCCCCUAUAGAGGCAAGGAGGUGCCGACUCCUGUCCCUCCCCCUAUGGUGCCCCCUCCUCCUCCCCAGGCACCCCAGACCCAGGGGCUUCAAGAAUCAGAGCUGCCCAAGCCUCCCAGGCCCCUGAAUGCCCCAUCGCCUGUCAAUGCUGUUGUUGCCUUCUCCGUAGUGUCACCGGAGAUCAAGCAGGCCAUCGAGAGUGUGAAGUACAUCGCAGAGAACAUGAGAACUCGCAACAAAGCCAAAGAGGUGGAGGAUGACUGGAAGUACGUCGCCAUGGUCAUUGACAGGAUCUUCCUGUGGGUUUUUGUGACAGUGUGCGUGCUGGGAACUCUAGGACUCUUCCUCCAGCCGCUCAUCAGCUUUUUAAAAUGA